AUGAAUUAUCUCCGUUUCUCCCUGUCUUUGAGAUCACAUAUAAGAGGGUCCCCCAGAUUUUUGAUACGCCAUAACUCAGUUGCACAAAAACAACUAGCUGAAAAAGUAAAAUUUAUUGGCAGACCAUUGCAAAGUGUGAUGGUUGGUAAUACAAAAAUUCCAUUGAAUAAAGCUCAGUCAUUUGAAGUUGAACAGAAUAAACUAAUUGAAAAACAUGAAUUGUCUCUUUUUAAGAAACCGGGUACACUUUAUGAAGUUAUAGAUAAAGUAGAGUCAUUUAUGAAUUCCAAUUAUUUUACAAUGAGGGAUAUGCUACAUUAUUUAAAAGAUUCAAAAACUGAUUUGACUUUAUUAUCUGAUAGGCAAAUGUCAAUUAUUUUUAAAAUUUCAGGAGAAUUGAAUAUUAAAAAUUGUAGCAAGGUUAGAGAUAGUUUUACAGAUAAAUUUUUUUCACUUUUUCAAGAAAAAAAUGUAAAAUUUGGUAUUAUGGGACUUAAUAGUUAUUUUGAAACAAAACUUUACAAUGGAAAUCCUAUAUCAGUCACUAAAUUUUAUGAACUUUUAUCAAAAUAUGAAGUUGAACCAAAUAUAGAAACUUUUGAAAUUCUUGCUGAAAAUUGUGCCAAGAAUAGUGAUGCUAAAGGUGUAUUAGAUAUAAUAAAAAUAAUGAAGGAAGUUGAUUUACCUGCUACAACAAAAAUAUUUGCUGCAUUGGUAGAAGCAUUAGUAGCAUCUGAUAACGUUGAGAAAGCUAGAAAUUUUAUUUUAGGAUUUGAAAAGAAAAAAAAUGCUAUAAAUAUGCAAACAAUAAGAAUUUCUUUUAUGAAAGGUUUGGCAUCUUCAAACAAAUUUGAAGCUUUUUUAAAAGAAAUGGAAGAAUUUAAUAGAAUUUAUAUUUCAACAGAAAUACCAAAUUUUGUUUUACUUUUUGAACCUUUAAUACUUUUUGCUAAAUCUUCAAACAACAUAGAACACGUCAAAAAGAUUAUAAGUAUAUUUGCAACAGUUGAUAGUGAAUUAUUAAAUAAAUUUAAAAACGAUGUUGGAAGAUUUUACACUAGAUGUCUUGAUUUUAUAUAUGAUGGAAAUAUUCUAAUGGCAAAAUUUCUUUUUAAUAUUUUACCACAAAAAUAUAAAUCAGAAACUGAUGAGUUAAUUGUUAAAACUUUUUUGGAAAAAAUUGCUCAAGAAAAUGAUGUUCAGAAGAUUGAACGAGAGGCUGAUUUGCUAAGAGAAUAUAACAUAAUUGAAAACCCUCUACUUUUAAGUUUUUCUCAGUUUAAUAAGACAAAUCACAAGAAAUUUAUUGAAUUAUUUCAAAUUUUUAAAAAUAGUAAAGAAUAUCAGUUAUUUAAAGAUAGAUAUUAUAUUAUUAAAGCUGAUUUAUUUUGUUUGAAUGCACAGUUAAAAGUGGAAAAUUGUAAAGAGAAUCAGAUUGAAAUUAUUAAAAAGAUGUUAUCACUAGCUAAUGUAACGAAAGAAGAAAAUAAUAGGAGAAAAAUAAAUAAUGUAAUAUUUUAUCUGAUAAGUAAUUUUAUGCAAAAAAAUAUUGAUUUACUUGAAAAACUUCUAAAAGAUAGUACCAAAAAUAAUUUUAAAGUCGUUGCAGUAAAAAUUAUCAACAAUCUUUUUUAUGCUAAAAAUUUUGAAAAACUUAAGAAAGUUGUUGAUAUUGUCAGAAAAAAUAAUGUAACUAUUCCUAUUAAUAGAAAAAUACUUUCUGAUAUCAAUACAAUUUUAAAUAAUGUAUCAUCAUCUCCAAUUGAAAUAUCAAUUUGUUGUUCAAUUUUAUCAUGUUGUUUUAAUAUCAAAACAAAUUAUUUUUCUAAAAACAAUACUUUAGACAUUGUAACUAAUGUACUUAAAAAUGCUCAUCUAUCGGAUGCUUCUGUUUUAUCAAUGAUUAAUCAAUGGGCUGAUGAAGGAACAAUUUUACUUACAAAAAGCGAAGUAGAUGAUAUAUCAAACCAGUUAACCUCAAUUGGACUUAUAUCACGUAUACCAUAUCUUGAAAAAAUUCUUCAGAAAUCGAAUACCGUAUUAAGAUGGCUUGGAACUAAUGAUAUUAUGAAAUUAGAAAGUGAAUUAAUGUUUUUACAAACUUUGCCUAAAAGAGAAAAUAAGAGUGAUAUAUCUGUUUUUUUGCGUACAAUUAUUGUUAGUAAACAUCUUCAACAACCUCAAAAAAAUUUCGAAGCAAUAAUAGAACAUUUAGAAAAAAUUUUUGAAACAAAUGACAAAAAUUUAAUAUCACGUGUAGAAGAUGUUCCAACAAAAGCAAUGAGAAUUUUAGUACGAGAAAAUCAGAGUAAAUUUGCUGAUAAUUUAUGGAAUAUUAAAAAUAUAAUUAUUGAUACGGAUGCUGCUUUAAUUUAUGCAUUUAAUCUUUAUUUAAGAAAUGAAAUUGAUAAAAUGGAUUGUGUGUUCGAUGAGAUUAAAAGUCAAGUUAAUACUUUAAAUGAUAAAACAUUAGUUUUGAUGUCGGAAUAUUUAUCAAAUGCAACUUUAAAACAGAUGGAUGAUUUUUCAAAUUUACUACAAAAAAAUUUCCAUAUUGAUUCAAAAGGAAUUAACGCAUUUCAUAUUACAAAACUUAAAAAGAAUUUCAAAAAUCUUUUGAAUGAGGAUAAAUUAAAUGAUGCAUUUGACACUGCAAAACAAAUUUUAUCCAUUUCUUCUUCAACAUUUGGACAAAUUGAACUUAUGUGUAAGGCCAUACAAACAUCCAAUUCGAAAGUAUUUAAAGAUGUUAUAAAUUGGGUAAAAGAUAAUAAUGACCCAUAUGCAGCAUACAUAGAUGCUUCAAUUGCUUUACUUGAGAAUGGAAAACAUGAAGUUGCAAAAAAAACUUUAGAAAAUGUGCCACAUAUUAUGAUAAGUCAGCGUAAAUUAGGUUUUAUUAUUAAUAGAGAAGUGGCAUUAGGUAAUGUAGAUGUAUUGAAAUUUGUUUUGAAUUUUGUUUGUGAUAAAGAUUGGUCAUCAGAUGAAAUGGUUAAUUCAAUUCUAAGUGCAAUUUUAAAUAUUUACGAAAGUCAAAAUUUGUUAUCAGAAAUAACAAAGUUUAAAGAAACACUUGAUAAAAUGAAUUUCCCAUUUUCUGUUAAAGCUAAUUUAAUGUUUCAAAAAUAUUUUUAG